CGCGAACAAUGGACCUGUCCUUCGCGACUCGCGUGUCUCAAAGCUAAAACGACAAGAUACGCGUAAAUUGAGGAUCUUUCGGGGAAAGAGAGAAAUGGUGAAUGGGAAUCGAAGGGCUCUCCGAGGGCGAUAGCACGCAGAGAGGUGCCGCGGAAACGACAGCGUUUGACAACAAAUCGCUGGUCUGCACCACGGUCUACACCGUCUGCACCCAUCGGAGCAACGUAGGACGCAGGUAAAUACAGCAGGCGGAGGGCAGGCAGCGAGGCCAAGCGAGGCAGCGGAGACGAAGGUGGAGGAUACGCGGGACAGCCUGGAACAGCCUGGAACAGCCUGGAACGGCCUGGAACAGCGGAGGGACCGCCGUCGAAGAGGCUUCAUCGUCGCGACAGCACAGUCGUCGGACAGGUGCCAAAGACGCCGGAGCGAGGACGUUGCGAUUAUUGCCGCCUCGACUGUCAACCGCCGCAACAGCCCUGAACUCGUCACGUCGACUCGCAGCGAUCCGAAGGUUAUCCGAGUGGCACCCCCGCAAAAUGAAUAUCGGGGAAAUAAUCGAUUUCACAUCGCUCGACGCGGACAUUCAGGAACUGAUAAGGGAGAGCGUGGCGGCGCGCGAGAACUCGUACUCGCCGUACAGCAAUUUCAAGGUCGGUGCCGCGGUGCGAUGUGCCGACGGAAGCAUCUCGCGGGGCUGUAACGUGGAGAACGUGUCCUUCCCGGCGGGAGUCUGCGCCGAGGUCGCGGCGGUUGUACGAGCCGUGUCGGACGGGAAGCAAAAGUUUACGGUGUUGGCCGUGGCGGGUGACCAGGAGACCACUACAUUUACCACUCCGUGCGGAGUAUGCAGGCAGUUCCUCUCAGAGUUCGGUAAUAUACCCAUUUAUCUGUCGAGAACCGAUAUGACAAAAGUCCUACGGACCGAGGUGAACGAAUUGUUACCGCUUGCAUAUGGCCACAACGAAAGGCAGUAAACUUUUCUAUAUAUGUACUUAAUUAAAGUAUUUAUCCAGAACUGAACAUUGUAAAACUUGUUAUAUGAUUCGGCAUAUCAGCAUGAGACUUGAUUUCAAUGAAAUUAAGAUCGACAAUGCGCAAGUAUUAUUUAUAAUGAUAUGAUGUGAUACAUAUGGAUAUAGAUUAACUUUAAAGAGACCACGAUAAUACAGCAACAAGUGAAAUUUUUCACUGUAAUUUUGUUUUUCUAAAAAAAA